GCCUGGCAUUCUGUUCUCAGCCGUUGAGCUUAACGGUUGUUGUGUUCGCCUGCUCGGUAGAUAUAACGGUCGUGGUCGACGUCGUGGUCGCUGGGAGAAAUUGCAAGCUCAGCACGCCGGCGCACAAGUGCUGGGGAAGUGUGAUUUGUUAAGAUUUAAUUCAAUUAUCAAUCAACAACGUGCGCCUGCAAAAGUUUGGCCCACUACACUACGGCCAUAUACAUAUGUAUAUAUUCGAAUAUAUGCACGUACAUAUUUAAAUUUGCUCUUGCCAGUGUAAUUGUGUUUGUGGUUUUUAUGUGUGGGUGACCACACUCAAAUGCGAUUUACUGCACUUUUGCGUGGGUGUCGUCGUUGUCUCCAACAUAACAGUAAAGGUGUGAAAGAGUAAACAAGCGAAACCAGUGAAGGGAUAAACGAAUCGUUUUGCACUCGAGAUGGUCGUCAAGGAGAUGCCCCUGCACGAGAAUCUCAGCAUGGAGAAUCGUUCUGGCAGUGCAUCCGCUCCAACCACCACAACGACCAGCUUCUCGCGGCAGGGCCGACACUACAGCCUGUCUCUGACCACAGCCGUGCUAUUGUCCGCCUUCUUUCUGUGCACCCUGCUGGCCGUGGGCCUUAUUGUGUACAACUUUGCCACAUGCGACCAACUGACGAACGGCGAGGACAUUGUCUGCACCAGUGUCCAUCUGCGGCACAAGCUGCGCCACGGCCACAGCGAUGGACCGCCCAAGUACGAUCGGGAUGUGCGCCUGCCCCGCUCCAUUCAGCCGCUCAAGUACAACAUCACACUGGUGCCGCAGCUGAGCGGCAACUUUAGCUUCGCCGGCACCGUGCAGAUCCGCAUACGAGUGCUUGAGGAUUGCUACAACAUCACCAUGCACGCAGAGGAGCUGAAUAUCUCGCGCAGCGAUGCAGCCGUCUACCGGGUGUUGGCCAAAGGGGAGCUCGACAAGGACACUCUGCGGAUACACAAACAGUACCUGGUGGGGGCCAAGCAGUUCUUUGUGAUCGAGCUGUACGACAAGCUGCUGAAGGGAGCGGAAUAUGUGGUGCAUCUGCGCUUCGACGGGAUCAUUCAGGACUACCUGCAGGGAUUCUAUCGCAGCUCCUACGAGGUGCUCAAUGAGACGAGGUGGGUCGCCUCCACACAGUUCCAGGCCACGGAUGCCCGACGCGCCUUUCCCUGCUUCGAUGAGCCGGCUCUGAAGGCAAACUUUACGCUGCACAUUGCCCGGCCCCGUAACAUGACCACUGUGUCCAAUAUGCCCAUUGUGUCCACCAAUAAACACGAAACAACAACCAACUAUGUGUGGGAUCAUUUUGCCGAAUCGCUGCCCAUGUCCACAUAUCUGGUGGCGUAUGCCAUAUCCGACUUUACGCACAUCUCCUCGGGCAAUAUCUCCGUGUGGGCACGGGCCGAUGCCAUCAAGUCAGCGGAAUAUGCCUUGAGCGUGGCUCCCCAGAUACUCAAUUUCCUGCAGGACUUCUUCAAUGUCACGUUCCCGUUGCCAAAGAUCGACAUGAUCGCACUGCCCGAGUUCCAGGCGGGGGCCAUGGAGAACUGGGGAUUGAUUACCUUCCGCGAGACGACAAUGCUGUACGAUCCGGGUGUGGCAACGGCCAACAACAAGCAGCGUGUGGCCUCGGUGGUGGGUCACGAGCUGGCCCAUCAGUGGUUCGGGAAUCUGGUGACGCCUAGCUGGUGGUCGGACAUCUGGUUGAACGAGGGUUUUGCCAGCUACAUGGAGUACAUAACGGCGGAUGCCGUGGCCCCGGAGUGGAAGCAGCUGGACCAGUUUGUUGUCAAUGAACUGCAGACGGUGUUCCAGCUGGACGCACUUUCCUCAUCGCACAAGAUCUCCCAUCAGGUGUUCAAUCCGCAGGAGAUAUCCGAGAUAUUCGAUCGCAUAUCCUAUGCCAAGGGAUCGGCCAUCAUACGAAUGAUGGCACACUUUCUGACCAAUCCAGUGUUUCGCCGCGGACUCAGCAAGUAUCUGCAGGAGAUGGCCUACAACUCAGCCACGCAGGACGAUCUCUGGCGUUUCCUGACAAACGAGGCGAAGUCCUCUGGUCUGCUGGAUCACAGCACCAGUGUCAAGGAAAUCAUGGACACGUGGACGCUGCAGACGGGCUAUCCGGUGGUGAAGAUCUCGCGACAUCCCAACACGAAUGCCAUUCGGCUCGAGCAAGUGCGUUUCGUCUACACCAACACCACAAAGGAGGAUGAGGGCCUGCUCUGGUGGAUCCCCAUCACCUUUACCACCGACACGGAACUGAAUUUUGCCAACACCCGCCCCACCACUUGGAUGCCGCGCACGAAGCAGUACGAGCUAGAGAAUCGGAAUCUUUCCACCGCCAAGUGGUUCAUCUUCAACAUCCAGCAGACGGGCUACUAUCGCGUCAACUACGAUUUGGACAACUGGCGAGCCGUCACCGAUCAUCUAAUGGAUCCCAAGCGCUUUGAGGAGAUCGCACCGGCCAAUCGGGCCCAACUAAUCGACGAUGUACUGAAUCUGGCACGUGGCUCGUACCUGUCUUAUGGCACGGCCAUGAACCUCACCCGCUACUUGGGCCACGAGACAGGCCAUGUGCCGUGGAAGGCGGCCAUCACGAAUUUCAAUUUUAUAGAUUCCAUGUUUGUCAAUUCUGGCGAUUACGAUCUGCUCAAGAACUACCUGUUGAAACAACUGCGAAAGGUCUACGACGAAGUGGGAUUCAAGGAUUCGCAGAGGGAAAGCGAGGACAUAUUGUUGCUGUUGAAACGUUCGGAAAUUCUGAACAUGGCCUGCCAUUUGGGGCACCAGGAGUGCAUUUCCGAGAGCAAUAGGCAUUUCCAAAACUGGGUGCAAACCCCCAAUCCCGAUGCCAACAAUCCAAUUGGUCCCAAUCUGCGUGGUGUUGUCUACUGUUCGGCCAUACAAUAUGGCACCGAAUACGAAUGGGACUUUGCCUUCGAGCGGUAUCUGAAAACCAGCAUUCCGGCAGAGAAGGAGCUGCUGCUGAGUGCCCUAGGGUGCUCCAAGGAGCCCUGGCUGCUCUAUCGCUAUCUGCGUCGUGGCAUUGCCGGCCAGCACAUUCGCAAACAGGAUGUCUUUCGGGUCUUUGCUGCCGUUUCCAACACGGUGGUGGGCCAGCAGAUAGCCUUUGAUUUCCUACGCAAUAACUGGCAUGAGAUCAACACCUACAUGGGAUCGCAGAUAUCCAACAUACACACAUUGCUGAAGUUUGCCACGAAGCGCAUGAAUUCCAAGUUCCAGUUGGCCGAAUUCGAGGAGUUUGUGAAGGAUGCCCACUGGGACUACGACAGGCCCAUCCAGCAGAUCGUCGAACAGGUGGAGACCAGCGUGGACUGGAUGAACCGCAACUACAAGUCGAUUGUCGAGUGGUUGAAGCUCGAGGCCCAAGAAACGUAAGCACGAUCGGGCGGCCUUGGCUGGAUCAAUGCUGCAGCAGUAUUAGAAUACAUUUUGCAACUGCAACUGCAUUACGAGUACCAUUUACCUUUAAGUUCGUGUUUUGGGCAACCAAUGCAUUUAUAUUUAGUAUUUAUAUAUACUCGUAUAUCGAGUGUUUUAAUGUUUGAGUUUCGCCAAAGAAGGCCUUUGGCCUUUGGCAGACAGAUAAAAAAGAAAAAAACGACGGCCACCGUCCGUCCAAUGCUGAAGCUGAAGCGCUUGCCUCGUAUCGUAUCGAUGUUUUCUUGUACUUUUUAAUGUAUGCUCGUACUUUGUUCAUUAUUAUUAUUAUUUCAUUACAAUUAUGAGAGCCUUGUAAUUUAUAAUUUGUAAUUCCUACCCAUAUCUACCCGUACUUGUACUUAAAUGUAAAUCGAAUUAAAUGGAAUGCAAAUGGA